CAAAAAUUGACAAUAACAAUUUUAAAUCGAAUUUUUUCAUUAGUGAAUUAAUUAUACGUGAAUCAAAUUAUCAGAAAGGUUUUACCGUUCCCCUUUGCAAUGAAUCACUGUGAAGGUUAAAGUGUUUAUAAAGUAACAUUAAUAUUAAAGUUUGUGUUUAAAAAUUCAUUCAGUUAAGAAAAAAAUUACUAUAUAAAAUACAAUAUGUCUUCCGAAUUAAGAAAUUGGCCAAUUUUUACUUUAUUAGAACCUAAGUUUACUGCAAAUAUUCGUAUGGUCGUGGUAUAUGGUAAUUUAGGAAAUGAAGCUUUAAUUGUAACAAAAGAUAAUCAAGUGUUUAGUUUGGGAUGUAACAUUACUGGUUGUCUUGGAACAGGCGAUACAUAUAAUACCCUUCAUCCUAAAAAAGUAGAAGCCCUUUGUAACAAACAUAUUAAAACUUUUGCUUAUGGCAGUGGUCCACAUGUAUUGGCACUUACAAUGAAAGGAGAGGUAUAUGCUUGGGGACAUAAUGGUUUCUGUGAAUUGGGUAAUGGAUCAACAAUUCAUGGAUUGACUCCGACUCGUGUAGGAAUGCCAUUGACUGAAAAAAAUGUGAUAGAUAUUGCGUGUGGAAGUCAUCAUUCUCUUGCUCUAACGGAUGAAGGAGAGAUAUAUGCGUGGGGACAAAACAACUGUGGACAAGUAGGUAGUGGUCUUAGUUCUAAUCAAGGUGCACCACGUAGAAUUAAUUCUGCAUUAACCGGUAAAAAAGUUGUCUCCAUUACAUGCGGCCAGACGUAUAGUAUGGCAGUUACUAAUAGUGGUGAAAUUUAUGGAUGGGGUCACAACGGUGUUGGACAAUUGGGAAAUGGAAGUUAUGCUAAUCAAUUGAAUCCGUGUAAAGUUGCUGGUUUAGUUGGAGUAAUUAUAGAAAAAGUCGUCUGCGGUUAUGCACAUACGUUAGCGUUAAGUGACGAAGGUGUUCUUUACGUUUGGGGAAGUAAUAGUUAUGGUCAAUUAGGUCUUGGUAAUAAAACAAAUACAUGUGUUCCCAUGAAGUUAUUUAUCAAACAAAUGGGAAGAGUAUCUGAUGUAGCAGCAUUGCAUUAUGAUCAUAUAAGUGUUGCAAUUGGAGAAGGAAAUAAAGUUUUUAUGUGGGGUCAAUGUCUUGGACAGAGCAUUACAAUACCAACACCUACUCCAUUAACAAAUUUGCAUGAUGUUUUGGCUUGUUAUGCAUCACCAAGAGUAAUGCAUCGUCCAUUGUAUCUUUAUGCAGCAGAAGAAUCGAGUAUCGUGGAUUGUCUGAGAGAUGCAUUUAAUGAUUCUACAACAAGUGACUUGACGAUACAGGUAGAUGGUAAACCUAUUCAUGUUCAUAAGGCUGUAUUAAAAAUACGAUGUCAAUAUUUUAGAACCAUGUUUCAAGGAGCUUGGGCAGAAAAUAGUCAAACUGUUAUUGAACAUGAUCAGUUUUCUCAUGACGUUUAUAAAUCAUUUUUGAAAUAUUUGUAUACAGAUGAAGUUGAUCUUCCUCCUGAAAGUGCAUUAGAAUUGUUAGAUUUAGCAAAUGUAUAUUGUGAAGCACAAUUGAAAAAACGAUGCGUUCAAAUAAUUAAAAAAGGAAUUACCGUUUUAAAUGUGGCUUUUUUAUACAGUACAGCGAUCGAGUACAAUGCUCAAGAGUUGGAAGAUUUUUGUUUUAAAUUUGCAUUAAAUCAUAUGACUGCAGUAAUACAAACGACUAAUUUUGCUAAAUUAGACGAAACUACGGUGAAAACAUUUAUAAUCAAAGCUGCUCAAUCAGGAGCUUUUAAAACAUAAUUUUCUUUUUGUUUGUUUGUUUGUUUGUUUGUGCUAUAUAAAAGAUCUUGUAAUUAAAUUAAUAUAAGUUAUAGUAUUAUAUUAACAUAUUGACAUACAUAAGGCAAUGACUCUUCUUGCAAAAUAAUCUUCUUUAGACGAAUGCAAGAAAUCGUCGUCAGACCAAACGAUUAUUUUUCAAUAAGUUAUGAUCAGUGUUUUUUUUUUUUUUAAUUUUAUUACAUAAAUAUAUGUAUAUAUAUUUUCUCAUCUGUUGAAAGUAAACAAUAGUUAUGUCAAAAAAAAAAAAAAAAAA